GUGGACCAGGAGAGCUCAGAGGUUCCCAGUGGUCAGUCUGCCCAGCAGCAUCAAGCACACCUGAACUCCAUAUUUAUGCUGCUGGAGGAGAACAUGGUCACUUUUGUGAAGAACGAGCUGAAGAAUAUCCAGAGGCUUCUGAGUCCAGAUUACCCAGAAUGCUCAGAGAAUCAGAGGGCGGAUGAGGAGGUGCUGGAUGGUGAGGGUGAAGAGCAGAGGAAGAGCAGCAGAGAGGCAUUUCUGAAGAUCACAGUGAACUUCCUGAAGAGAAUGAAGCAGGAGGAGCUGGCUGACUGUCUGCAGAGCAGACAUAUUGCAGUUCAUCAAGGUAAUCUCAAAUCUACUCUGAAGAAGAAGUUCCAGCGUGUGUUUGAGGGGAUCGCUAAAGCAGGAAACCCAACCCUUCUGAACCAGAUCUACACAGAGCUCUACAUCACAGAGGGAGGGACUGGAGAGGUCAAUGAUGAACAUGAGGUCAGACAGAUUGAAACAGCAUCCAGGAAACCAGUCAGACCAGAAACAACCAUCAGACAAGAAGACAUCUUUAAAGCCUCACCUGGAAGAGAUGAAUCAGUCAGAACAGUGAUGACAAAGGGAGUGGCUGGCAUUGGGAAAACAGUCUUAACACAGAAGUUCACUCUGGACUGGGCUGAAGGCAAAGCCAACCAAGACAUACAGUUCACAUUUCCAUUCACCUUCAGAGAGCUGAAUGUGCUGAAAAAGAAAAAGUUCAGCUUGGUGGAACUUGUUCAUCACUUCUUUACUGAAACCAAAGAAGCAGGAAUCUGCAGGUUUGAUCAGUUCCAGGUUGUGUUCAUCUUUGACGGUCUGGAUGAGUGUAGACUUCCUCUGGACUUCCACAACACUGAGAUCCUGACUGAUGUUACAGAGUCCACCUCAGUGGACGUGCUGCUGACAAACCUCAUCAGGGGGAAACUGCUUCCCUCUGCUCGCCUCUGGAUAACCACACGACCUGCAGCAGCCAAUCAGAUCCCUCCUGAGUGUGUUGACAUGGGGACAGAGGUCAGAGGGUUCAAUGACCCACAGAAGGAGGUGUACUUCAGGAAGAGGUUCAAAGAUGAGGAGCAGGCCAGCAGCAUCAUCUCCCACAUCAAGACAUCACGAAGCCUCCACAUCAUGUGCCACAUCCCAGUCUUCUGCUGGAUCACUGCUACAGUUCUGGAGGAGGUGUUGAAAACCAGAGAGGGAAGAGAGCUGCCCAAGACCCUGACUGAGCUGUACAUCCACUUCCUGGUGGUUCAGUCCAAACUGAAGAACAUCAAGUAUGAUGGACGACCUGAGACAGAUCCACACUGGAGUCCAGAGACCAGGAAGAUGGUUGAGUCUCUGGGAAAAUUGGCUUUUGAGCAGCUGCAGAAAAGAAACCUGAUCUUCUAUGAAUCAGACCUGACAGAGUGUGGCAUCGAUAUCAGAGCAGCCUCAGUGUACUCAGGAGUGUUCACACAAAUCUUUCAAGAGGAGAGAGGCCUGUACCAGGACAAGGUGUUCUGCUUCGUCCAUCUGAGUGUUCAGGAGUUUCUGGCUGCUCUUCAUGUCCAUCUGACCUUCUUCAACUUUGGAGUCGAUCUGCUGUCAGAAAAGAAAUUGACCUCUCUGUGGUCUAAACUGUUUAGAGACAAAACUGAAUCAACUCACUUCUACCAGAGAGCUGUGGACGAGGCGUUACAGAGUCCAAAUGGACACCUGGACUUGUUCCUUCGCUUCCUCCUGGGUCUUUCACUGCAGACCAAUCAGACUCUCCUACGAGGUCUGCUGAUGGAGAGGGGAAGUGACUCAGAGACCAAUCAGAAAGUAGUCCAGUACAUCAAGAAGAAGAUUGAAGAAACUCCCUCUGUAGAGAAAAGCAUCAACUUGUUUCACUGUCUGAAUGAACUGAAUGAUCGUUCUCUAUUGGAGGAGAUCCAACAGUCCCUGACAUCAGGGAGUCUCUCCACAAAUAAAUUGUCUCCUGGUCAAUGGUCAGCUCUGGUCUUCAUCUUACUGUCCUCAGAAAAAGAUCUGGACGUGUUUGACCUAAAGAAAUACUCUGCUUCAGAGGAGGCUCUUUUUAGGCUGUUGCCAGUGGUCAAAGCCUCCAAAAAAGCUCUACUGAGUGGCUGUAACCUCUCAGAGAGAAGCUGUGGAGCUCUGGUUUCAGUUCUCAAUUCCCAGUCCUCUAGUCUGAGAGAGCUGGACCUGAGUAACAACAACCUGCGGGACACAGGAGUGAAGGUGCUGUCUACUGGACUGGAGAGUCCACACUGCACACUAGAAAGUCUCAGACUGAGUGGCUGUAAUAUCUCAGAGACAAGCUGUGAAACUCUGUCCUCAGUUCUCAGCUCCCAGUUCUCUCGUCUGAGAGAACUGGACCUGAGUAACAAUGACCUGCAGGACACAGGAGUGAAGGUGCUGUCUACUGGACUGGAGAGUCCACACUGCACACUGGAAAGUCUCAGGGUUGAGCCUGGUGGAGUCCGAUGGUUGAGACCAGGUCUGAGGAAGUAUUCCUGUGAACUCACACUUGACACAAACACAGUGAACAAAUACCUCAAACUGUCGGACAACAACAGAAAGGUGACACGUGUGGAGGAGGAUCAGUCAUAUCCUGAUCAUCCAGACAGAUUUGACCGGCCUCAGAUUCUGUGUGGAACUGGUCUGACUGGUCGCUGUUACUGGGAGGUCGAAUGGAGAGGAGAGGUUUAUAUAUCAGUGAGUUACAGAGGAAUCAGCAGGAAAGGAGACAGAGAUGACUGUGUGUUUGGAUGGAAUGAUCAGUCCUGGAGUCUGAUCUGCUCUGAUGGUGGUUACAAUGUCUGUCACAAUAGGAGAGAAACAUCUGUCCCCUCCUCCUCAGUCUCUAAGAGAGUAGCAGUGUACGUGGACUGUCCUGCUGGCACUCUGUCCUUCUACAGAGUCUCCUCUGACUCACUGAUCCACCUCCACACCUUCAACACUACAUUCACUGAACCUCUGUAUCCUGGAUUUAGGUUCUGGCCUGAUUCCUCAUUGUUUCUGUGUUCAGUGUAG